AUGUCGUUUCUUGGUGGUAGUGAUUGUGCUGCGGGGGCAAACCCGCUAGCCCAGCUUUCGAAAAGAGCAGACUUCGAUACGUCUCUAGAGAACUCAAUUAGAAACUCGAGUGCCCAAAUAGGCGGUAUACCACGCCAGAAUGGCGUCCAUAACGACAUAAUGAUGAACCAACAGAACUUGCAAAUGCUUAACAGCUUUAUGGACCAAGGGUCCUCUCUUGACCGGGCCGAUGCUUUUAAUUUCAGGCCAUUGGCCCAUGAAAUCAGCCAAAUGGGGCACUAUCAACAAGGGCGCCAACAAGAGCAGCAGCAGCAGCACCAUCAAUCACAGUCGCUGGAUCAUGCCAUGAGUGGAUCUUCUAGCUGGACUGCGGAGUUUGCGAAGGGCAAUGCACAAAUGGGCCUGCCACAGCAGUUUAUCCAAGGUGUAAGUGUUGAGCAAAAUGCCUCAAACGGUAUUGCCCACACUCUUCAGAGAAAUCAUCAUGUCCCAAUGGUGACUGCUCGUAUGCCUGCACAACUGUUUCAGAUGGGAGACCCAGUUCAACGUUGGCGUCUGGAACAAUCAGGGGAUCAGGUUAAUAUCAAUACGCAGAAUCAGAGCCAAGAACAAAACGUGCACGUGGAUUGGGAAAACCAAUUCAAAGAACUCGAACAAGAAGUUCAGAAUGACAUUAUUGUGGAAGACGAUUUCAAAUCACCUCUAGAUGUCAACAGUGAUAUUAAAAACCCAUUUCUAGGCUUCAAUGAGAAAUAUCAUGACGAUUAUCAUUUUGAGGAAAAUAACGAAUUCUUGCAUAAUCCAAACGCAUAUCAAAUUGGGUGUAAAUUAAUGGAGGGAGGGGCAAAAUUGAGCGAGGCUGCAUUAGCCUUUGAGGCGGCUGUCCAGGAAGACCCCAAGCAUGUUGAUGCAUGGCUUAAAUUGGGCCAAGUUCAGAUUCAAAAUGAAAAGGAACUACACGGCAUAACUGCUCUUGAGAAUUGUUUAUUGCUUGACAAUAAAAACCUCACUGCCCUUAUGAGCCUGGCCAUUUCAUAUGUCAAUGAAGGUUAUGAUAAUGCAGCCUACAAGACGUUUGAGAAUUGGAUCGAAACAAAAUAUCCAGACGUUGUUGCAAAGGCAAGACUUGAAAAUCCUAAUGAUACUUCUGAUGAUAGGUAUUCACUCAAUAAGAGAAUCACCGACUUGUUUUUGAAAGCUGCCCAGUUGUCACCAAGCGGUGUCAAUGUCGAUGCGGACGUGCAAACAGGUUUGGGUGUGCUAUUCUAUUCGAUGGAAGAAUAUGAUAAGACUCUCGACUGCUUCCAAGCGGCAAUUAGAUGUAAUCCAAAUGACGCACUAUCGUGGAAUAGAUUGGGUGCUUCGUAUGCUAAUUCUAACCGAUCGGAACAGGCAAUUGAGGCAUACUCUAAGGCCUUACAAUUAAACCCCAACUUUGUUCGUGCAAGGUACAAUCUGGGCGUUUCUUUUAUUAAUAUGGGCAUGCACAAGGACGCAGUUGAACAUCUACUCACUGGUUUGAGUAUGCAUGAAGUCGAAGGCCCGGAUGGAAUGAUGGUCAGUGAUACCGAACAAUCUAGUAAUCUAAUUGAAACCUUGAAAAGGGCGUUUUUGGCGAUGGAUAGACGUGAACUGAUAGACAAAGUCAGGCCAGGAAUGAAUAUCCAACAAUUUAGAAAGGAGUACAACGUCUAG